UAAUAAGAUGCUGGCUCGUAACCGCUUCCUCCUCCUGGUAGUGGUGGGCGGGGCCGCGCUGGCCAUCCUCAGCCUGAGCCUCCAGUUCUAGGCAGCAAAAGACGCUACGAUGAGAUAACUGGAAGUGUGCUACCUCAAAUUAAAACCGGGACGGCUGCGAACAUGGCAGCAAAGGGCACAGUCGCCACGCUGAUUGAGGCAUGGGGGACUCCCAGAGGAAAGUGAUGACUGAGCUCAGAGACACUCCAGAGAGGACAACUGCAUGAGAAAUAAUCAAGGGAACCUGAUCCCCACCACUCCCAUACUGGAGGAGCGACCCUUCCAGGCUGCAGAUGGAGGUGUUGGGGUGGCGCUGGGGAAGAGCAGAAAGAGAGUGUUCCCGGUGCCUCAGACCCAGGAGCCCAACCCCAUAUCUGAGGCUUACAGCUAUUGCAACACUCCCAACCGCACUGAACAGGCCUGGGAGGGUCACAGUCCUGCUGACUACAAGUUGCUGUCUGUCCAGGUGAUGAUUCGCCAUGGUGACCGCUACCCACUCUACUACAUCCCCAAGACCAAACGGCCCGCCAUCGACUGCACCUUGUCCAUCAGCAGGACGCCUUCCCACCCCCUGCUGAACUCCUUCAUCCGUCACAUGGGCCAGGGAGGUCGCGGCCACUGGGAGUCUACGCUGGCCUCUGUUCCCCGUCUGCCCAACCACAGUGCCUGUGAGACGGGAGAACUCACGCAGACAGGUGUGGUGCAACACCUGCGCAACGGGCAGCUCCUCCACCAAGCCUACAAGCGUCACAAUCUCCUCCCCUCCGACUGGUCGCCCCGCCAGGUGUGGGUUGAGACCACAGGUAAGAGCCGCACUCUCCAGAGCGGACUGGCCUUCCUCUACGGCUUCCUCCAGGACUUUGAUUGGACGAAACUGACCACACGGCACCAGUGGAGCACGUUGUUCUGCGGCUCGGCCUGCGACUGCCCCACCAGAAACAGAUACCUGGAGGAAGAGCAGAGGAGGCAGUAUCGCCUCAGAGUAAGUGAUACCGAACUCGAGAGGACUUACGCCGAUAUGGCACGCACUUUGGGUCUGCUCACCCGCCAGCUCCGAGCCGCAAACCCCAUAGACUCCCUGCUGUGCCACUUGUGCCACGGCAUUUCUUUCCCUUGUGUUCCAAUGGGAGAUGGCACCAGCGGAUGUCUGACAAUGGCACAGUUUGCUGUGAUUCGUCGACAGCAGCUAGAUGAUGAGGUGGAUCGGAGAAGAGUGGGGCUGUACCGUAAAUAUGCCAUCCUGGCCAUGUACCCCUACCUCAACCGAACUGCUGCCAAGAUGGAGCGUGUUGCCAAGGACAAUGAGGCUGGCCGACAGCAUCGUGCAGGGGGUGAGGAGGUCUUCACCCUGUCUUCAGCCCACGACGUUACCAUGGCCCCGUUGCUAAGCGCCCUGGGACUGGAGGAGGCACGCUUCCCUCGUUUUGCAGCCAGAGUAGUCUUUGAACUGUGGAAGAGUCCCCCAGCCAUGCAAGGACAACUGAAGAAGAGGGCUGGCAAAGGUGAGAAGUCUAAGGCGAAAGACGGGGAGCUGUUCAUCAGGGUGCUGUACAAUGGCGAGGAUGUGACAUUUCACACCACCUUCUGUCGCUCCCACGACCGCCACGCAAGCCAGCCCCUCUGCCCUCUGAAGAACUUCCUGUCUUUUGUCAGGAGAGACAUGUUCAGUGUUGUCAACGCUACUUCCUACCAGGAGGCCUGCUACAGGCGCCCUGGUUGACAGAUUGACAGGACGGUGACUGAGUAAGGAUGCAGAGCUGGCAGAUGGUACUUCUCUUGUUGUUAUUUUUCACUUUUGAAAAUGAUGCACUUUUAUGCUGCUUAGUGUCCUAAAAUUCCACAUCUAGUAGUCAUUUACAUUCCUGAGCACAAAGUGAGUGGCAAACACACACACACACACACACACACACACACACACACACACACACACACACACACACACAGUACUGUACAUAAUAUCUUUGUAAUAUCCUUUUUUUUUUUUUUACCUUUUUACAAACUUCUUUUUUUAAAAUACUGAACAGCAUGUUUUGUGAAACAUAAGAAAUAGGUAAUUCAAGGGAAGUUGUAUGGCACUUAGCCACUUUAUUCCUACAUUCCAUAAUACCAUGGAAUUGUAAAAUUCCAGUAUUCCCAAAUUCUUGCAAGAAAAUGGAAUAUUGAAGCUGGAAAUAUGAUGUUGGAUUAAUCAUUCCUUAGAAAUAUUUUGUGUAUAAUUAAUCUUUUCAAUGAAAAUUACACUUUGGGCUAGUUUUGGCCACAUUACGCAACAUCACUCAUUUGUCACAUAGCAUUUCUUUGGGUUUUAAUGUUUAUUCAUUGCAGUAGGCAAUCUGUUUAAUGAUGAGGGUUAUUUCUGCUUUGACACAUUGAUGUGGGGCUUAUUUCUUCUUUGUUUUAGUAAAAUUGACUGCGGUACUUUGAAAAUGACAAGUGAUUGGUGUUUUCUUUCCUUACAUUUAUUUACAACUACAGAACAUCUGUAUUUAUAUGAAUUGGUGAUAUAACAGAUCGCAUUCCACUUUUUGUUUUUGCUUGUAGCAAACUGAAUCUAAUAAAGGUUUAUUAUGAGCAGA